AUGCAAGGCUCUUUAUAAGAGAAGGAAGCUCUAGCUGACAUAUUUACUUAAGUAAAAGAUGUAGAUGGACAAAUAUUUGGUGUCAUAUUAGAAAUAUUUAGAAAGGAAAAAGUUUAAGACUGUAUUGGAUAUCUUUCAGAAAUUGAGAAUCAUAGAAAUUUAGAAUAAUCAAUCUUACAACAAAUAAACUUAAAACAAGUCGAUGAGGGAUAAAAAUUGCAUGAUGUUAGAAAUAAAAUCAACAAAAUUAAAAAUGUUAUAAAAAAAUUAAAAGAUAAGACUUUUCAACUGAAGAAAAUUAUGAAUCUACUCUAGAUUUAAUUUAAAGAAUAAAGGAUGAGAGAUAGACCAUAAAAUCCCUGA